AUGAAGAGCUCACAGCUACAGAUAUCAUCGUCUGCAUUUUCUCUCGUCUCUCACAGUAUGAAUGAAAAGGCAUGUCAAUGGCUAUGUGUAAUACUGGUGUGUUUACUCAAAGUGCUGGAAACAUAUGGUUUUUAUGUAGAUAUCACUUAUCUAGAAAGUGCAUUGGAAAAAGGAGCUGUUUGUUUGGAUGGAAGCCCACCUGCAUACCAUUGGGACAUGGGAUAUGAUACAGGAAUUGACAACUGGUUAAUACACAUUGAGGGAGGAGGAUGGUGUAACAAUGUGACAACUUGUGUUGAUCGAAGCAAAACUCGAUUAGGAUCCUCUAAGCAAAUGAUGGAAGAAGUUGCUUUUUCAGGGAUUUUACAUAAUGAGCCUCAAUACAACCCUGAUUUCUAUAAUUGGAAUAAGAUUAAGGUCAGAUACUGUGAUGGAGCAUCUUUUACUGGUGACGUGGAAAAAGUCAACUCAAAAACUAACCUUCAUUUUAGAGGAGCAAGAAUAUUUCGUGCUGUUAUUGAAGAUUUGUUAGCAAAAGGAAUGAGUAAUGCACAAAAUGCUAUUCUGUCAGGCUGUUCAGCUGGUGGAUUGACUUCAAUAUUACACUGUGAUAAAUUCAAAUCACUCUUACCUAAAACUACAAAAGUCAAAUGUCUUUCAGAUGCUGGAUAUUUUAUUAAUUCACAAGAUCUUUCUGGAAGAAGACACCUUGAGGCCUUUUAUGAUGAUGUGGUCAAGACACAUGGAUCGGCUAAGCAUUUGCCUCGAUCUUGCACUUCUAAGAUGAAAGAUAGUUUAUGUUUUUUCCCUGAAAACAUGGUACAAUAUAUAAAAACACCGAUUUUUUUAACGAAUGCAGCCUAUGAUUCAUGGCAGAUAAAGAAUGUAUUGGCUCCAGGGAUUUCGGACCCACAUGGCACGUGGCAUAAUUGUAAACAUGAUAUUGAAAUGUGUUCAUCUAAUCAAAUUGAGAUUAUUCAAGAAUUCAGGUUGCAAUUCUUGAAUGCAUUAGAUGGAUUUUUAAGCCUCAAUUCAUCAAGAGGAAUGUUCAUAAACUCAUGCUAUGCCCAUUGCCAAACCGAAAUACAAGAAACAUGGUUAAUGACCAAAUCGCCCAUGUUGGCUAACAAGAGAAUCGGAGAAGCAGUUGGCGAUUGGUUUUAUGACCGGAGCGCAUUUCAAGAAAUUGACUGCGCUUACCCCUGUGAUAAAACAUGCCACAAUCGUAUUUUUGCAUAGGGGUAUAUGUGAGAAAUAGCAAUGUAUUUUUUUUAUUUGUUUAUUAUAGCAUCCUACUUUUGUUUUUUUUCCUAUUAUAUCAAUUGUUAAAAAUAUACACAAUUAUAGCAUUAUAAGUACUAUGCUAUAAUGGAAAGAAAUGAAAGUAUAUCACAC